CUCUGAUCUCCAGCUCUGGAGGCACGCCGGAGCAUCCUUCACCUCCCUCAGCCAUGGUCCGUCGAAUGCGUCCCCGUCACGGACUCUCGCUCCUGUCCGGCUCCCACUCAAUUGAUGCCUCUAGACGUGUCGGAUGGAUUGGCAUUUUAUUGAUUUUGCAUUUUCUUUUCUUCUUUUUUAGGUCUCACGAGCCAAGUCGGAGAUGGAAGCUUGGGUGGUGUCCACCGGAAGGACUAGAAAAUUGGAAUCCCAUGGGUGGAAUCAGCAUCCCAGCGCCUCUUUUUGCGUCAUCUAUGAGCGUGCACUGGAAGACAGUCCGACACAACGAUCAACGGACUAUACGGAGUAGCACUCGAGUGUCAUCGUGACCCGUUGUUCGGACAUGAUUCCCUGGCCAGCAGAAUGUCGCCGCCAUCUCCCCAGAACCAUCGUAGAGUCGUCGAGAUCAAUUGCGGGGUUUCUUUUCCGCCCAUUCCCUUUCUUAAGGCUGUUCCAGAUCAUCGCCAUCGUACGAUAUUUCUUACUUUCCAACGCU